GGGGCGGGGGCGGUGCCCGGGAGUCACGUGACGGGGUUCCGGGGCUGCCGAGCCGCCGCCGCCGCCGCCGCCGAGCCCAGCCGAGCCGCGCUGCCCUCGCGUCGCCCUCGCGCCCCGACCGCUCCGUCCGCGCCGCCGCCGCCCGCGCCCUGGCCGCCCGCGACCCUCGCGCCCCCCGCGGCCCCCGGCCUCCCCGCGCCCCGCGCCCGGCCAUGGGCGCCCCCGCCGCCCGCAGCGACCCCCGGGGGCCCGCGCGCCCCCGGCCCGCGCCGCUGCCGCUGCUGCUGCUGCUGCUCCUCGCGGGGCUCCCCGGGGUGGGGGCCCAGGACGCCGGCGACGCCCCCGAGCUGUGCAGUCACACAUGGGAAGCUGUCGAUACCAAAAACAACAUUCUUUAUAAAAUCAACGUCUGCGGAAACGUGAACAUUGCUCAGUGUGGCUCGUCCAGUGCCGUCUGUAUGUACAGUUGGAAGACCCAGAACUAUCGCUCUGUGGGCGACUCUUCCAUGAGAAGUGCAACCAGAUCUCUUCUGGAAUUCAACACAACACAGAGCUGUGAACCACAAAACCCAAGUCACAAAGUCCAAAGCAGCAUUACCUUCCUAUGUGGGAAAACCUUGGGCACUCCUGAGUUUGUGACCAGGACAUCGUGUGUGCAUUACUUUGAGUGGAGGACCACUGCAGCCUGUAAGAAGGACAUCUUUAAAGCCGCCAAAGAGGUGCCUUGCUAUGCCUUUGACCGAGAGUUCCGGAAGCACGACUUAAACCCACUCAUCAAGAUCAGCGGGGGCUACUUGGUGGACGGCUCUGACCCAGACACUUCUCUCUACAUCAACAUUUGCCGAGACAUAGACACCCUCCGGGGCUCCGCCGUGCAGCUGAGAGACUGUCCUCCUGGAGCUGCUGCCUGCUUGAUUCGAGGGGACCAGGCGUUCGACGUGGGCCAGCCCAAGGACGGACUCAAGUUCCUGAGCCGAGACAGGCUGGUCCUGAGCUAUGUGAAAGAGGACACAAGGAAGCUGGACUUCUGUGGUGGCCACAGCCCAGCAGUGACCAUCACGUUCGUGUGUCCCUCAGAGCGGAGGGAGGGUACCAUCCCCAAGCUGACGGCCAAAACCAACUGCCGCUACGAGGUGGAGUGGAUCACCGAGUACGCCUGCCCUAGAGACUACCUAGAGAGCAAGACCUGCUCCCUCACCAACGAGCAGCAUGAUAUCAGCAUCAACCUGCAGCCCCUGGGCCAGCACAGAGCUUCAAGCACCCCUUUCUACACCGCGGAUGGGAAGGAAUACACUUUUUACUUGAACGUCUGUGGCGGCCCCCUCCUGGGCAUCUGUGACCGAAACGAUGCUGCCAUUUGCCAAGUGAAAAAGACUGAACCCAGACCUAUCAAAGUCGCAGGGAAAUUCCAGAACCAAACACUCCGCUACUCUGACGGCGACCUCACCUUGAUCUACUCUGGAGGCGAGGAAUGCAGCUCUGGAUUUCAGCGCAUGAGUGUCAUUAACUUCGAGUGCAACAAAACAGCCGGCAGCAACGGCCGAGGCUGGCCCGUGUUCACGGGGGAGGUGGACUGCACCUACUUCUUCACCUGGGACACCAAGUAUGCCUGCGUCAAGGAGAAGGAAGACCUGCUCUGCGGCGUCUCGGACGGCAACAAGCGCUUCGACCUGUCGGCCCUGGCCCGCCAUUCGGAACCUGAACAUAAUUGGGAAGCGGUGGCUGGCGGCCAGAGAGAGGCAGAGAAGAAACACUUCUUCAUUAACAUCUGCCGCAGGGUGCUGCAGGAGGGCCUGGCCAGAGGCUGUCCUGAGGAGGCGGCCGCCUGCUCUGUGGAUAAGAAUGGAAGCAGAAGCUUGGGAAAAUUUCUUUCUUCUCCCGUGAAAGAGAAAAGAAACCUGCUUCUCUCUUAUGCUGAUGGGGACAGUUGUGGUCUGGGCAGGAAGAUAGCCACGAACAUAAGUCUCAUAUGCAAGCCAGGUGAUCUGGAGAGUGCCCCGGUGUUGACCAUGGCUGACCAGGACGGCUGCUUCUUCCAGUUUGAGUGGCACACGGCUGCGGCCUGUGUGCUGUCCCGGACGGAGGGCAAGAAUUGCACGGUGUACGACUCCCAGGCAGGCUUCUCUUUUGAUUUGACGGCGCUGAGCAAGAGCAGAGGUUACUACAAGGUGGUGACAGAGAAGCAUGACUUCUACAUCAACGUGUGUGAGCCUGUGACCAUCGGUGGCUGCCCGCCGGGCUCGGGGGCCUGCCAGGUGUCCAAGAGGGACGGGAAGGUGUGGAGCCUGGGCAUGAGCAGUGGGAAGCUGUCCUACUAUGAUGGCAUGAUCCAGCUCAGCUACCGCGGUGGCUCACCCUACAACAGCCAGCGCCACACGCUGCGCGCCACCCUCAUCACCUUCCUCUGCGACCGUAACGCCGGCGUCGGCUUCCCCGAGUACCAGGAAGAAGACAACUCCACCUACAACUUCCGUUGGUACACCAGCUUCGCCUGCCCCGAGGAGCCUCUGGAGUGCGUGGUCACUGACCCCAUUACCAUGGAGCAGUACGACCUGUCCAGUUUGGCGAAGUCGGAGGGUGGCCUGGAGGCGAACUGGUUCGCCAUGGACAACGGCGGGGACCACACCAUGUGGCGUAAGUACUACAUCAACGUGUGUCGGCCCCUGAACCCGGUGCCCGGCUGUGACCGCUACGCGGCUGCCUGCCAGAUGCGCUACCAGAUCGAGGAGGACUCGUACUCGGAGGUGGUGUCAGUCAGCAACCUGGGCCUGGCGGCCGCCCCAAUAGUAGAAGAAAGUGGCAGCGUCCUGCUGGAGUACACCAACGGCUCUGCCUGCGUCACCAGCGACGGUAUCCACACCACCUACACCACCCGCAUCCACUUAGUCUGUGGCCGCGGCUCUCUGAGCUCUCAUCCCAUCUUCUCCCUCAACUGGGAGUGUGUGGUCAGCUUCCUGUGGAACACGGAGGCCGCCUGUCCCAUCCAGAUAACCACGGACACCGACCAGGCCUGUUCCAUCAGGGACCCCAACAGUGGAUUCGUGUUUGACCUGAACCCCCUGAAUAGGACUCAAGGUUACGUGGUCUCGGGCAUUGGGAAGACCUUUCUGUUAAACGUGUGUGGCACGCUGGCCAUCUGCGGCUCCUUCAAUGACACGCCCGCCUCGGGGUGCGAGGCCGAGAGCCAGACGGAGGAGCUGAGGACCCUGAAGCCCACACGGCCGGUGGGCCUGGAGAAGACGCUGCAGCUGUCCACCGAGGGCUUCAUCACACUCACCUACAGGGGCCCCGUGCACCCCGAGUCAGAUGUCGGUGACAUCUUCAGCAUCCGCUUCCUGUGCAAUGAUGACGCCUACCCGGGCAUCCCCCGCUUCCUGCAUCAGGACGUCGACUCCCACCUGGGCACGCGCAGCACCUACUUUGAGUUUGAGACCGCGCUGGCCUGCGUGCCGUCCCCCGUGGACUGCCAGGUCACAGACGACGCAGGGAACGAGUAUGACCUGAGUGGCCUGAGCCAGGUGCGCAAGCCCUGGACCGCCGUGGACAUGUCCGUCGAGGGCAAGAAGAGAACCUUCUACCUGAGCGUCUGCAAACCACUGCCCUACAUUUCUGGCUGCCACAGCAGCGCCGUGGGGUCCUGCUUGGUGUCGGAGGACAAUAGCUGGAACUUGGGCGUGGUGCAGGUCAGCCCACAGACGGCCGCCAACGGCUCCCUGAGCCUCCUCUACGUCAACGGGGACAGGUGUGGGACCCAGCGCUACUCCACCCGCAUCACGCUGGAGUGCGCCCACACCUCGGGCUCCCCCACCUUCCAGAUGCUGGACGACUGUGAGUAUGUGUUUGUGUGGAGAACCGUGGAAGCCUGCCCGGUGACCAGAGUGAGCGGCAACAACUGUGAGGUGCGGGACCCGCGUCACGGGAACCUGUACAGCCUGAAGCCUCUGUCCGUCAACGACACCAUGGUGAGCGCCGGAGAGUACGUCUACUACUUCCGCGUCUGCGGCCGGCUGAGCAGGAGCGUGUGCCCCAAGGCGGACAAGUCCAAGGCCGUCUCCUCGUGCCAGGAGAAGCGUGGGCCCCUGGGCUUCCAGAAGGUGGCAGGACUCUACACUCAGAAGCUGACGUAUGAGAACGGCGUGCUGAAGAUGAACUUCACGGGCGGGGAGGAGUGCCACAAGGUCUAUCGGCGCUCCACCACCAUCUACUUCUACUGCGACCGCACCACCCAGAAGCCCGUGUUCCUCAAGGAGACCCUGGACUGCUCCUAUCUGUUUGAGUGGCGCACGCAGUACGCCUGCCCACCCUACGACGUGACCGAAUGCUCCUUCAAGGACGAGAAGGGCAACACCUUCGACCUGUCCCCCCUGUCGAGAUACAGCGACAACUGGGAAGCGGUGACUAGGACGGGCGCGUCUGAGCACUACCUCAUCAACGUCUGCAAGUCUCUGUCCCCACAGACAGCCGCCGAGCCGUGCCCCUCGGAUGCCGCCUCCUGCCUGCUCAGUGGCCCCAAGUCGGUGAACCUGGGGCGUCUGCGUGACGGUCCACAGUGGAGCGAUGGCGCCUUGGCACUCACACUCAAGUACACGGACGGUGAGCUGUGUCCAGACCGGGUCCGGCGGCGCUCCACCACCAUCCGCUUCAGCUGCAGUGGGAACCAGGUGAACGCGCGGCCCCUGUUCGUGAGCGCAGUGGAGGACUGUGAGUACACCUUCUCCUGGCCCACGCCUGCCGCCUGCCCCCUCACCAGCAGCGUCCACGACAACUGCCAGGUCACCAACCCCGCCACAGGACACCUGUUUGACCUGAGUUCCCUGAAAGGCCGCGUUGGGCACAGGGCCGCCUACAGCGAGAAGGGGCUGGUCUACAUUAGCAUCUGCGGAGACAACGAGAACUGCCCCCCCGGAGUGGGGGCCUGCUUCGGGCAGACACGGAUCAGCGUGGGCAGGGCCACGCAGCGGCUGACCUACGUGGACCAGGUGCUGCAGCUGGUCUAUGAGGACGGCUCCCCCUGCCCAUCCAAGACCGGCCUGACCUAUAAGAGCGUCAUCAGCUUCGUGUGCCGGCCCGAGGGUGGCCCCACCGACAAGCCCAUGCUCAUCUCCCUUGACAAGCUCACCUGCACCCUCUUCUUCUCCUGGCACACCCCCCUGGCCUGCGAGCGUGUGACCGAGUGCUCCGUGCGCAAUGGCAGCUCCGUCAUCGACCUGUCGCCCCUCAUCCACCGCACGGCCGGCUACGAGGCCUUUGACGAGAGUGAGGACAAGGACGAGGACAGCGGCCCCGACUUCUACAUCAACAUCUGCGAGCCGCUCAACCCCAUGCACGGUGUGGCCUGUCCUGCCGGCACUGCCGUCUGCAAGGUCCCCGUGGACGGCGACCCCAUCGACAUCGGGCGUGUGACAGGCCCGCCCAUCCUCAACCCCAUCGCCAACGAGGUCUACCUGAACUUUGAGAGCAGCACGCCCUGCGCCGCCGACAGCCACUUCAACUACACCUCCCUUAUCACCUUCCACUGCAAGCGUGGCAUCAGCAUGGGCACCCCCAAGCUGAUCAGGACCAGCGACUGCGACUUCGUGUUUGAGUGGGAGACGCCCCUGGUCUGCCCCGACGAGGUGAGGGCGGACGGCUGCUCCGUGAUGGACGAGCAGAUGCUGUACAGCUUCAACCUGUCCAGUCUGUCCAGGAACAUCUUCAAGGUGACCCAGGACUCUCGCGUCUACAACGUGGGUGUGUGCACCCUGGCGUCCAGUCCCGGGCAGGGCGGCUGCAAGGACGGCAGCGUCUGUCUGCUGCAGGGUGACAAGGGCGUGUCCUUCGGACGCCUGGCCUCUAUGCGGCUGGACUACCGUCACCAGGAUGAGGCCGUCAUCCUGACCUAUGCCAACGGCGACCCCUGCCCUCCAGAGACGGAGGACGGGAGGCCCUGCGUCUUCCCCUUUCUCUACAACGGCAAGAGCUACUACGAGUGUGUGGUAGGAAACCGGGCGAAGCUCUGGUGUGCCACCACGGCCAACUACGACCGGGACCGCAAGUGGGGCUUCUGCAGGCACUCCAACAGCCACCGCACGUCAGCCAUCAUCUUCAGGUGUGACGAGGAUGCGGAUGUGGGCCGGCCGCAGGUGUACAGCGAGAUACGGGGCUGCCAGGUGACCUUCGAGUGGAGGACCAAGGUCGUGUGCCCCCCUGAGAAGAUGGAGUGCAAGUUCGUGCAGAAGCACAAGACAUUCGACCUGCGGCUGCUGUCCUCACUCACCAGCUCCUGGUUCUUUAAUCACAGGGGGGCCUGGUAUUACAUCAACCUCUGUCAGCACAUCAACCAGGGGCCGCUGGGUUGUUCCGAGCGAGCCAGCGUCUGCAGGAGGUCGGAGACCGGGGAGGUGCAGGACCUGGGCAUGGUGUACACCCAGAAGCUCGAUUUCAUGGAGAACCAGAUCCAGGUGAUGUACUCCAGAGGGUACCCCUGUGGGGAGAACAAGUCGUCGUCCGCCGUGGUCGAGCUCAAUUGCGCCAAGACGGUCGGCAAGCCCUCCUUCUCCAGGUUCGACAUUGACAGCUGCACUUACUACUUCAACUGGCCUUCCCGGGCCGCCUGUGCCGUGAAGCCACAGGAGAUACAGAUGGUCAACGGCACCCUCACCAAUCCCAAAACGGGACGCAGCGCCGGGCUUGGCCAGCUCUACUUCAAGCGCUUCAGUGCCACUGGGGACUUGAGACCCAAUGGGGACCGCUAUGUGUACGAGAUCCAGCUGUCAUCCAUGACCAGCUCGGCCAACCCUGCCUGCUUUGGGGCCACUGUGUGUCAGGUCAAAGCCUCUGACCCGCGUUUUGGCCGCAAGGUGGGGACUCUGGAGAAGACUAGGUACUACCUUCAAGACGGAGACCUGGAUGUGGUGUUUUCCUCUUCUUCCAAGUGUGGGAAAGACAAGACCAAGUCUGUCUCUUCCACCAUUUUCUUUCACUGUGACCCUGUGGCCAAUGACGGGGUGCCUGAGUUCAGCCACGAGACCGCUGACUGUCAGUACCUCUUCUCCUGGCACACCUCGGCCAUUUGCCCUCUGACGCUGGAUUAUGACCCCGAGGCUGAAACUCCCACUCCCAGCAGCAACAGCGGUGGUGGUGGAGGUGGUGGUGGCGGCGAUGAACCCUCCCACCAUGGACUGUCUGAGCGUAGUCAGGCUGUGGGUGCUGUCCUCAGUGUGCUGCUGGUGGCCCUGCUUGGCUGCCUGCUGGUCCUGGUCCUGUACAAGAAAGAACGCCGGGCGUUGGUGAUGAGUAAGCUGACUAACUGCUACCGCCAAGGUGCCAAUGUCUCCUACAAGUACUCCAAGAUAGAGAGAGGGAGAGAGAGAGAGACAAAGGCAGAAGGAGAGACACCAGAGCUCGGUUCCACUGUUCGUGGAGCUGUCCCUGGUGCCGUGCCUGACGCUCCCGUGUGGUGUCGGGAGCUCGAACCCUGGCCUUUGUGUGUGGUGAACAAGGAAGAGGACGUGGAGGAGCACGAGUCGGAGUGGUUGAUGGAGGAGAUCCAGGUGGACAAGCCCCCCAAGGACGGCCAGAACGGGCACGUGGCCACCAAGCCGGUACAGGCCGAGGUGCUCACCUCCCUGCGCGUGGUGGAGCCUGACAGCGAGGAUGAGGUGCUCACGGUCCCAGAAGUGAAGGUGCUGCCCUGCCGGGCCCCCAUCAUCUCCGCCGCCGCCACCACCACCACUGCCGCCACCACCAGCGCCACCGCCGCUGCCACCACCGCCGCCGCCGAGAACCUGCCCCCUGCCAGACCCUCACCACCCCAGCUGCUCAGGGCCCCCCCCCUCGACCUGUCCGCCGACCCCCUGGGCCUGCUGCCUGCCACCGCCACCAUCCCCACCACCACCAUCCCCACCGACGCCUCCCGUCACGGCCGCCCCCGCGGCGCCCGCUCCAUCUUCCAUGACGACAGCGACGAGGACCUCCUCCACAUCUAAGCGGCCAGCGCCCCCGGGACCCCCACCAGGCACCUCCAACCAAAUACGACUGCACCUCCAUGAUGAUGCUUCUCAUUUUUGCCUUCCACAGACUUGUUUUCAACAGGGGGAGAGCUCAUUCUUACGAUCGUUAAUAUUUCUGUGACGGGGGAGGAGGCGGGAGGGGGUGGACGGCCCCUUUCCUGCAUGUUUACAGCCAUCUGCAAAGAGGCGUUGUCCUUCCCCCACAAAUUGCCAAAGGGUGGUACCCCCCUUCCCACGCACGCCCCCACCCCCGGGACCCGGGGGCUCUGUCCAGACCAGGCAGCCGUGGGAAUGGAGGGGUUCUGUUUGGAGACUAGCUAACAGGAAAACCCUUGCUGCUUUAGACCCUGUAGGGGUAUGUGAUCAUAUCAGUGUUAGUAUUUCAGUCUCUCCUCCUAUUUAUUGAAUUCAACUACUCAGGUUUGCGCCAAAAGAAAUACAUACACACACACACACUUCUUCCUGCCAGCACAGGGCGGUGUCAGGAGGGGAGCGGUGGGUAGGCUAUGCACACGGAGGUUUCCUUGUUGGCGAGACUUUCUUCACCCCGGUCCGAGACAAAGCCUGUGGAGUCAGCGGACUCUGCCAUUCCGCCUAUCGAUUUUGGUUUGAGCGUUUAAGGAUUUUGGUUUUGUGCUUUGUGCUUUUUGUUUUCUGAUUGCUUGGGGGAGCGUGCACACAUGUGCACGCGUGAACCCGGACGCACAUGUGCGUCUGCCAUGCCCCCCCCCCCCAUGCCUCGACUCUGGAAGGGCUGACCGAUCCGAGGCCUUUUAUUCUGCAUGACUCUCGGGCCCUCGGUGGACAGGGCAGACAGCAAUGAGUGUUUCUGAUGUUAGCUGGUGAGUACCAACCACCCGCCCAAAGAUUAAUGAUGCUUUUUCUCUCUCUUUUUUUUUUUUUUCUUCCUUUUUUUGUAUUCUUUCUUUGGUUGUUAUUUUCUGGGUGAUUGGGAGCGGAGGUGAGACGCCAGAGGAAGGGAGUUUGUAUCUUUUUUCCCGUGACUCUGGGCUAUAUCAAUCUCACCUCCUUCAGGAUCUCACAACACCGAUUUUGACUGUGCUUAUUAUCCUUUUAAUCUUUUUUUUUUUAAUGUUUAAGAGAAAAAAAAAGUGUUUGUUAGCCACUUGACCUAUCCGAAGCCUUAAUUUGCACAGUGUGUGGCCCGGUGGGUCCGGGGGCCUCCUCCUUGGCAUUGUGUUGGGUGCUCAGCUCGGGGGGUGCCAGCCAGGGUCGGGGGAUCCCUCAGCGUGCAGCGUGGGUCCCAGGAAGGGCAGGGCCACUGUGGGCGCCUUUCUGGAAGUGUUUGAUGAGUGACUUUUCUUGCAUUUAUACACUUGUACAUCGAAUCCGUGGUCUGCGUCAUACACGGAAGAGCAAACCACAGGACGCCGACACUCCUGGUCUGCCCUCGCUUCUGCUGGCUGAUCUGAUGUCAACUUGAGUGUCUUUUUUAAACUUGAUUUUCUUUUCCUCAUAUAUAUUUUUUUCAAUCAAAUUUACUGUAAUACGAAGUAUUCAAUUUCAAUAAAAAAAAUCAAUAAAAUGAGAA